AUGUACGACCCAACCUCGCCCCUAACUGGCCCGCCCCCACGCUACCGCAUCGAGUCCGACUCGUCAGAUGAAGAGGGCCAGGGCGUCUAUCCGACCACUUCGCAUCGAGCCUCGGCCCCACCUCCAGGAGUGAAUAUCCACCUCCUCCCAGUCGAUUCCUCGAACCCUCACCCGCUGUCAGGCAGUGGGGCGGUGGUGGUGGGUAUCGGCCAAGCAGGCAAGUUCCUCCUCCGCCGCGCGGUUGGCCGGCCCAUCUUCCAGGUACAAGUCGGCGGCCAGCCGGCGGGCAUGGGCGUGUCUGUUGAUGGCGGGGUUGUUGUUGCGCUUCAGGAUGGGUUGGAGGCGCACGAAGUCGUCAAGCAGCUCGCUGAGGUUGUAAAGGGUUCUUCUUGGACGCUGUUCUCGUCGUACGUGCCGAGCAUGUACAUCCCCCAGCCCGGAGAGCAUGUACCCUCCGACCCGCCUGUGCGUGUGCUCUCCUCCACCGCCGUCAAGGGGCCGGGCUACGACGCGCCUAACUACGUUACCGGCCUGGCCGGCGCGUUUCUUUCGCAGGCCGCACACCCAGCUGGCGUUAUCCCCGACGCAACCCUUCACCUCCUCCCCCUUCCCCUCUCGCAGCUCUCCGCUUCCGCCCUGCAGCCGGCCCUCUCCUCUCUUCCGGGCCCGAUGUCCAAGGCACUGGGGCGAUACGCCCACUGGGACGAGGACGACGACGAGCGUUUCGCUGGUCCGGGGAUGGGUGCUCGGCCGCGUCAGCCCUCGCGUUCCGAGGGCGGGAUGUACAUGUAG